AUGGCAAAAUUAGAUGGGUACUCCAUGAUGAUCGUUUCAACAUAUUUUGAAGACUUUGAUGAGUUGUACAACACAACCUUGGUCUGCAAAAAGUUUGGAGACCUCUUCAAAAAGUUCCACUAUAAUCCAUUCCCUCUCACUAAUAAGACUCGUCCAUUCUUCACUAAUUUACAAACACUCUAUCUCUAUUUUCCUGGUGACAAUGCCUUUGAAAAGGAAGACUUUUAUAAGCGACUUAUAGUGUAUGAAGUCGACUAUACAACUUCGACUUAUAAAGAAGGUAAACGUGAGUAUAAUAAUAUAACAACCCAGAGAGACGCUCAAAAAUAA